UGCCAGAGCUAUCUGGAGCUGUAAUGGGUCUUCAAGAGCCUCCAUGGCGUCCAAAUGGCACCGACAAUCAAGAAACCACCCAUAGGUCCCGAACCUACACGUCUCCGUCAAAUCGCGCUAGUCGCUCAUGAUUUGGAGAAUGCCAGGCAUGUUUUGACAAAGAUACUCGGCACAGAAGUAAUCUACGAAGAUCCCCUCGUCGCACAAUGGGGGCUUCAUAACUUCCUGGUCCCUCUAGGCGGCGACGUCCUCGAAGUCGUCUCCCCGCUCUCCUCCUCCCCAUCCACCUCAACCCCCGCAUCCCGCCACCUCUCAAAGCGAGGCGAGGGAGGCUACAUGAUAAUAAUGCAGUCCGCCUCCGCCAUUGCCCGCCGCGAAUACCUAAAGUCACACAAUCUCGCAAAAGUUAUAUUCGAGCAUAGAACAGAAGAGGGCGUGUGUAUACAAUACCAUCCCAAGGGUAUCAAGGGCGGCGUAAUACCUGAGCUUGAUUCGCACUUUUCCGAGGAAGGAGGUGGAAGGGUGUCAGAUGGGAUGAAAGAGAGAUUUGCGCCUUGGCACGCUUGUGGCCCGCUCAGUGGGUUUGAGAAAUAUGGGGCGGCUAUGAAGCGACAUUCUCAACUGCACCUUAUGGCUGUCACUCUUCGGCUUGCGCCAGAGGAUACCGAUGUUGAGGGUGCUGUGAGGCAGUGGGAGAGCUUGUUUGGGGUGGGCAGGCUAGAGGGGGAGGGGAGCAGAGAAGUGGCCUUUACAAAUGCAAUAAUGGAGUUUUGCGAGGGGAGAGAUGGUGAAGAGGAAGGGUUGAGAGAUGUGGUUAUUGGUGUUGAGGGAAACGAGAAGUUCCAGGGGAUUUUGAAGAGAGCGAGAGAAGAGGGGUUGGAGGUUGAGGAGGAUCUUGGAGUGGCUGGGGAUUUUCAAAUGUUGGGAGUGAGGUGGGUGAUUAUUUUGAUGGACGAAGGCAUAGUGAAGAGUCGGUUAUAGGAUGAAUAUGAGCUUGAUCAAGUCUCCGAGGUCUGGUAGAUUCGUACGCUUUUAGAACAUUGAGAUCUUCAGAAUCAAGGGUUCCACUUCGCCCCA